AUGCAUUUCUCCAAUGUUCUGGUGGCGUUUGCUUUCACUGCCUCAUCGGUGGCCGGCCCGCUUCCCGAGUCGGAUGGUGGCCUUUGGAAAUGGGACAGCAACGUCCCCGAGUGGGACAGUAGUCUCCCCGUGAAGCGCGGAGGCAGCAGCAUCACGGAGAGCGGCGAGGCCCUUCUCAAGAGAUGGGAGGCCAUGGCCGAGGACAACCCCGCCGUGAUACGACACAAGCGCCUCAGGGAGAUGCUGGUCGACAGCGAGAAACUCGAACGCCAAGACGCCAGGUUCAGGGGAAACCUAUCCGACACUUGCGCGGAGGCAGAUGUCAUCGUCCAGAAUGUACGGCAGGCCGAGUUCGCCAAGUUCUGGCGGGAGGGCGAGCGGUUCCCGGGCCAGAUGUUCGCCCUGGCGCGCGACCAAAUCGUCCGAACGGAGCUCUGGAAGAUUGUCCAGCAGAUGCCGAAAGGCGCGCUGCUACACGCCCACCUCUCGGCCAUGUUGCCGUACGGAAAACUCUUGGACAUCGUCUUGAACACCCCUGGCAUGGUGUUCAAGGCCUCGCAGAGCCUGAACACGACGGCUUCUCGGGACGCGGCGACGAUCGAGUUUGCGUACAGCAGCGAGGCCGUCGCCGAAGGCGUCAGCGUCUACUCGCCCGACUACAACGGCCAACUGACGCCCGUUUCAGCGGCGGCCGAUGGCUUCCCGGCCGUCGCCGAGAAUCACUCCAACGGGACCUGGAAGACCGUAGAGGGGAGGGAAGGCUUUAAGAAGUUCGUCAAGAGCAAGAUGGUGAUCACGGACGAGGAAGCCAUACACCACGAGCUGGGAGUCGACCAGAUCUGGCAGCGCUUCCAGGGCCUCUUCGACCCCGCGGGCGGCCUGUUCACCUACGAACUCGUCGUGCGCCAGUUCUGGAGGGAACUCUUCGGAGACCUCGCCGCGGACGGCAUCAGCUGGGUCGAGAUCCGCGCCGGAGGGUCUGCGGACAAAAUGGCGCCCGCGGAGGGGUCGACGCAGGACAGGACGGAUCCCGACUUUUGGUGGACUGUGAUGUGGGAGGAGCUCAAUGACUUCAAGAACCAAACCGCCGCCAACACCACCCACCCCUUCCACGGCGCCCGUGUCAUCUGGUCCGACUACCGAGGCCGGCCCAAGGACAAGAUUCUGCAAAGUAUGCAAAGCGCGCUUUUGAGAAAACAGAACCCCGUGAUCGGCGAGCUAUUCAGCGGCUACGACCUCGUCGGGCAGGAGGACAUAUCGACACUCGAGAGCUGGGUGCCGCUUCUGUACGCGUUCCAAGAAGAGGCCAAGAACAAGAACGUCACCAUGCCCUUCUUCUUUCACGCGGGAGAGACCGUCGGCGAUGGCAACACGACGGACUCCAAUCUUUUCGACGCCAUCGAGCUGGGCACGAGGAGGAUCGGCCACGGAUUCUCCCUGUACAAGCACCCCAAGCUGGUUCGGGAGGUCAAGGAAAAGAACAUCCUGGUCGAGGUGUGUCCCAUCUCGAACGAGGUCCUGCGGCUGGCGACGGAUAUCCUCCAUCACCCUCUUCCGGCCAUGAUCGCACACGGCGUUCCCACGGCCAUCAGCAAUGACGAUCCGGCCAUGAUGGGCCAGGACACUGCUGGUCUGAGCUUCGACUUCUACCAAGUCAUCCAAGGUUUUGACAAUGUAGGACUCGCCGGAUUGGGCGCUCUGGCACAGAACAGUCUGCGUUGGUCCAACUUCGAGGAUCAAGACGACGUUACUUGGCAUCAGGACGUUGAGCUGGGUCAAGAUGGAACCGGUAUCAAGGCGGACCGGAUCCAACAGUGGAACGAGCAAUGGGAGCAGUACUGCGGAUGGGUCAAGGAGAAAGCCUACAAGAACCUCUCCCCCAAGACCCGCCUGGGCGUUGGCGUGGCCGUGUUGGCCUGGGGCGGAGUUGGUCUCUACUUCUCCGACCAGGCUGAGGAGAAGUACAAGCCGACCGCCGAGGAAAAGGCCGUCGUCGACAAGUACGUGCCCAAGGUCCACGUCGUCGACAAGUCUUGA